AUUGCAUCACAAUGGGGUACUACGUAUUUGAACAACGCUAUCGGGCAUGGCCGUGUGGUGGAUGACAGAAGGCAAUCGAUCUGAAGUUGCUUCAAAGUACUACAUGGGCCACCAUGCAACACAGGCUGGAAGCUGAAGGAAAGCAGUAUACAGGUAAGCAAUUCGUGAAUGAACACGCCUUCGUUGUCCGUACAGGGGAUUCCAAUGAUUGACCUCGAUAUCAACGAGCAUGGGUAUGACGUCCCUGCUCUCAAUGACAAUGGUGGAGUUAUACACUCCAUGUCUACCCUGCCAAUGUCGAGAAACCAUGCCUCAAACCCUGCCAAGACAAGUCCUGCAACAGCCUGCAAAUACUCUCGAUCCAGUGCCAAGGCUUAUCCAUGCAAACAACUUGCCGCACGUUUGAAUCGCCCAACCCACCAACUGUUGUCGAUGAGCAUCGUUGCUUCAUCGGGAUAUUCACACCGCGACGAACCAGGUCCAAGGGCUGCUGUCAAACAAGCACGAAAGCCACGUAUCAACGAUGACGCAACACUGAAACCAUCAUGAUCAUGACUCUACUGGGCAUGAUAGGGUCGUGGUGAAGAGAUGAACGGGGUAGAGAGCCAUCCCCCCACUUCUCCUGCAAUCUUUGGUACACGAGCCUAUCAAGUCAUCUGUACCCCUCAUGGCGAGAGUGCGCGUCCUCCAACCUGCGGACCUCAUCGUGGCGGCGACAAGAUGCGUCGAGUUGAUCAUAUUGAAUACUGGAGCUAUGAUAUUGUGA